AUGAGCUUCCACUGCUUGAUGAAGGGGAAUGCGACCCUCCCUCUCGAAUUCCACGAGGAAACGGGCCCUAUCCUCCCCGGCGAGACAAGAACAGGUUACAUACCUAUCGGCAAGACCACCAGAACCUACGCUGAGGGGUUCUUCACGGUUGGCCCAUCGGACGACGCUGCUACCUACGUCUUCCAGAGAAGCGUGAACUGGGAUCGUCUGUCCAAAGAGGACGAGCAUCUCUGCAUCAGCGAGCUGACCCCGCCUCGGUUCGUCAAUCGACUGUGGCAGCUCCAGUACGGACGACUGCUCGCGCUUUCGGAGGGCGUCAACGCGUUUGUCCUCAACGGACGGCUCGAGUACGUGACCGACCGCGGCACCACCAGCUACCCGGACCUCGUCGACCUGCUGUUCGCCGCGGACGACGACUACCAUCGUCCCAUCGAGUUCGGCUCGGGAGCCCUGACGGACCCCGACCUGAGCGGCGCCACCCUCUCCGAGUCCCCCUCUGAGGCGCAGCUUCUUGUUCUCGCUCGAGCCCGAGAGAUUGCUCUGUCUCGCCAAAUCAAGCUCGUUACCGAGCAACACAAUAUUGAUAAACCCCCGCAAAUGGAGGGCUUUCCUAUGAAGGAGUGGACCAUUGAGUUGUACAUUCUGGAUCAGGAUGGCAAUGAGCGUCCUGCUCGCUGCUUCACGAAAGUCGUCUACAAUCUUCACCCGUCCUUCGAGAAUCCUGUGCAGACUUUCCACGAGCCCCCGUUCAAGUGCAAGAAUGAGGGCUGGGGUGAGUUUGAGAUGUCAAUCGACUGCUACACCACCGAGAAGGGCGGCAAGUCUACCUUUAUCCACGAUCUCAACUUCUUCAAGCCAACAUACGAGGUGAUUCACCCGAUCACCUUCAAGAACCCUUCCCAAGCUCUGCAGCAAGUCCUUCGCGAGACUGGCCCCCUCCCUUCGGACGAGGAGCGCAAGAAUCGCAAGGCGGCGGAUGGCGGAAAGAACAAGAAGAAGCCGUAUGAUGUCGAGAAGAUGGCCGAUGGCAUGACGAAGCUUGAGGAGGAUGAUCUCCUUCAGGUGAUCCAAAUGAUCCAUGAUCACAAGUCUGAUGAUACCUACAUGCAGAACAACAUUGAAGCUGGCGAGUUCUCGGUUGAUCUGUUCACUCUGCCAGACAACCUGGGAAAGAUGAUUUGGGACUUCCUGGUCAAAGUCAAUGCUGUCAAGGAGUGA